CAUAACACUUAGUGGUCAUAGUGAAACACAGCGAAAGGAACCGACACCUGUCGCAACUCUGCUGGCAACUCUGCAGCAACUUGAAGCCUUAACACAUCAUCCUUUAAAAUGCUGCUGUCACGUCUCGCUCAUUCCGCUCUCCCUGCCUCGCUCCGCGCCUCGGCCGCGAGCUCGGCCUCGUCGCAGCUCCAUGCUGUGCCCCGUGUCGCGAGCGCCGCUCCGCGGGCGCCGUCGCACGUCGCGCAGUACAGCAACGGCUCUGCGGCGCCCGUCCCUCCCAACUUCGCUGCUCCCAAUGACCGCGCCGCCACCAGCUCCAGCGACCGUGUAUACACCAACUAUUACGUGUACAAGACCCGCGCGGCCAUGUGCCUGCGGCUGCUGCCGCCCACGUUCGCCAAGGCGCAAGCCGGCAAGGUCCUGGAACGUGACGGCACCAUGCUGCUUGAGUUUGCCACUGCCAACGCGGCCGCACCGGGCGCUGGCAGCGGCCCCGCAGGCAACGUCAACCGCACCUACAACUGGGGCAACAAGGUGACGUUCGCUCUGAGCCCGGUGGAGCUUGGAAACAUCCUGGCGGGGGAUGCGGUGGCCUCGGACAAGGGGCUGGUGCUGUGGCACGACCCAGCCAAGCUAGGCAAGACCGGCGAGCCCAUUAAGAAGCUGAGUCUGAAGCAGCUCCCAGACGGCAACAUCAGCUUCAACCUCACCGCCGGGCCCGAGAACUUCAGCGUGCCCGUCACCAAGGGCGAGUUUGAGGUGAUAAAGUCGGUCGCGCAGUUCGCCAUCCCCCGGCUGCUGGGCUUUGACGCCGUUUUCGAAUAGUCUUGAGGCGGCUUCAAAUAAGUGCGUGUGCAUGGGCUGGGAAGCGGCAGAGAGGAGGCGUGACGGAGGCCGGAGGCGUGAGGCAGCCGCACGAGAGGUGCAGCCAGUGCUGCGGUCGUCUCGAUGCUGUGUGGGGCACGGCGACCGCGACCGCAUGGUUUUGGCGGCGGUGAUGGCACGUGUUCUAGGUAGGUAGGCAUGGGAAGCAGUUGAGGGCGGGCGAUUUGUAAGGGUGCAGGGCUGGGAUGCGACGGCGCAAGGCAUUGGGGUGUAUGGAUGUGUGGCAUCUGCCAGGUGCGCGUGCAGGUGCGCGGGGUGUAACACGUUGCUGGGUAUACGACGUGAUCGUCCCCGUCUCGGGUCAAGGUUGCUGUAGCUUACACUCGAGGCGCUAGCUUUAGGAAAGGAAAAGUUUACAGAAGCGGAAAAGACGAAAGAUUCAACAGCAACUUUGCUAUGUCUCUA